AUGGGAAGUCUUAAGGACGAGAUGAGAGGUUUCAGAGAGGACCACCAGCCUCACGACAAGACCGAUGAAGGAGAGCGUUCAGGUGGCUCAGAUGACAGCGCCGUGCCAGAGGGAGCUCAGUUAAACACAAGUCAAGAGUCAACAAUCCGAGGGGACCAUCAGCCAAAACAACACACAAACGCCAGCCACACUGAGGAGGGAGGUGACAGCCCGGCAUCCAAAGAUCAAGUGCUUUCAGGGGAGGAUAGAGACAACCCUGACUCAACACAAAAUAAAGAGUGCACACAGACCGAUAGCACCACUCCGACACAACAACCUGAAGCUGAUGAAACAACCGCUCAUCAUACAAACAUGACAAUCUGCACCAAGUCCCUGAAGAAUGGAGAUGCCGACAUUCAGAAGGAAAAGUCUAAGGAUAGUAGUGUAGGUCCGGACAGAGAAAAAGAGCCAGAAAUUCUGACUGUCCGGGUGCCAUCAGCCACAGACCCCUCCAACCCACUCUCUACAGACCCACGUUCCCCAGCUCCUUUAGGACAGCAACACAUGCGCACGCAGGUGAGCCUGGAGGUCGUGCAGUGUCGCUCUGCAGCCACCAGCCCCAUGACCCCUCCCGAGGGCGUCCAUCCCUUCUUUUUCCCAAUGUCCUUCGGGGGAUCCGGAGCUGUGGGCUCUGACACCAAAGAUGCCGAGCUACAGUUGGGUCGGCAGGUGGAGUUCUGCUCCGUGGCCACGUCACCCAUGACCCCAAAGACGCCGUCGACCACAGCUUUCCCCGAACUGAUCGGGAGGGAAAUGGUGCAGAGGGGGGAGCCAGUGAAAGGAUCAGAGGAGCAGAGGGAGAGCGGCACACAAGAGAGUUUCCCUGUGACAAGAGGUCUGACAGAAGCUGAGUCAGAGAUAGCCGCAGCUUUGAAAUGUGCCACAUCAACCGAGCUGAACGACGGCUCCAGCUCUGCCAGCCGCACACAAUCAAAAGUUACUGUGGCUGAUAGUGAUCAUCAGAGUAAGCAGCAGAGGAUGGGAAGCAUGGAUCAGGACAUAACAAUCCUGGUCACCCACUAUGGCAACAAUGAGGAGGAAGACGAAGAGAAUAACGAGUUAUGCUCUUACUCCAUUGAGCCAGAGAUGGUCAAGAUAGAUGAAUAUGAGGAACCCGGUGAAAACAAGAGCGAUGGAGAUGAGAAGAUCUCCACAGAGGCUGAUGCUCCUGAUCAGAAUCCUCCUCAAAGCAAAGCUGCAGAAUCAUCUGCUCCUGCCAGUGGACAACCAAUCACCAAUAUGAAACCUGACCGUUCAGAGGGCAGAGAAAAUAAAGAUGUACGUGACGAGUCUGUGACAAAACCUCCCGUCCCUGAAUCUCCAGCUCCCUUCGGCUGCCACAGCAUCUGCACACAGGUGAGCCUGGAGGUGGUGCAGUGUGUGUCUGCGGCCACCAGCCCUAUGACCCCUCCUGAGGGAGACCUUGCCUUCUACUUCCCAAGCCCUAUUGGGAGAUGUGGGGCUGUGGGUGCAGGGACUACAGAUGCUGAGAUGCAGGUGGGUCAACUAGUGGAGUUUCGUUCAGUGGCUACAGCGCCCAUGACCCCGAGAACGCCCACCGCCACCACGUUUCCCGAGGUCAUUCAAGAGGCACGUACGGAGGAGAAGAUAGUGGAGGAGGUAGAGGUUAAAGACGAGCAGGUGGAGGAAGAGGUAGGAUGUAAAGAGGAGGAGAAGAAAACUGAAGAGAAGAAAAAGGAAGCAGAAGAAGAAGAGGACCAAACAGAAUCAAUAAACUGUCAGGAGAAAGAUGAGGAGAAUUCUGAGGAGCCGGUGCAGGAGGUGAGCUGGGACGAGAAAGGGAUGACGUGGGAGGUGUAUGGGGCUGUGUUGGAAGUGGCCGUGCUUGGCUCAGCCAUCCAGAAACACCUGGAGAAGCAGGUGAAGAAGCAGAAGCCAUCCAUGCCGCCCCCGCCUCCUCUCAACCCCUCGGCCAUGCCCCCCUCAGAGGCCUCCCAGGGCGGGUCGGGCUCAGGGUCGUGCAAAGGCCGGGCCGGGAAGAGAGGGAGUCGGGACGGGAAGGUGAGUCGACGCCGGAGAAACCCGUUCCGUCAGCUGAUGGAGAACAUGCAGCAGCCUCACUGCUGCUCCAGGGCUCACACCAAUGACUGA